AUGGAAUCAUUACCAGAAGAAAUGCUAAGAGCUAUUUUCCAGUAUCUCCCAGUGUCCAGUCUUCUUCCAGCUGCAUUUACAUGUUCCCGAUGGUUUAAUAUAUUAAGAAGAUCACUUCCUAUUGUCAGGAAUAUAUCUAUUUCAUUAGAUGCCUUAUCUUGUAUAGCAUGUUUUCAACAACCAACUGAAUCGCAAAUUUCAUUUGCAACUUGUGUAUGCUCAAAACAUUCAGAAAGACGUGCCAUUUUGUUCGAGCUCAUAUUUCAAACUGCUGGUAAAGAAAUUACUACUUUAGUAAUUGAAGAUUCAAGUGUACCAAAGGAAAAUAUGGAAACUCAAAUUCCAGACGCAACAGUUCAUGUACUUUUUAGCAAUAUACCUACGUGUGUGAAGUCAUUACAUUUUCAAGGUGUUGAUUUUUCAAAAGUUCGCCCGUGGACAUUUGCAUUACUGGUGAAAUUGAAUGAACUUGAAGAAUUAUAUAUAUUGGACACUGAACUUCCAAUUGAUAACGAAUCAUUACUCAUUAGAAUAUUCUCUCCAUCAUUUACUACUUUAACCAAUCUAUCUAUUACUAAUAAUGAACUGAUCACUGACAAAUUCGCUCUAACCCUAGCCCAACGUUGUCCUCUUUUACAAACGAUAAAUUUAAAUGGUUGCAAGCGCAUUACUUCCUUAUCUGUGUUUGGUUUUGUUGAAAACGCACCUCAUCGGUUGACCGAAUUAACGUUUAUUCAUGUACAAGCAACGAUGUUCGAUUUUAAUAUGCUGCAAAAGUUUUUGUUGUCACCAUUACUAGCUGGUGGUAAUUUCUGGAAAGCAAAUGCCCUAAAACUAGAAAUUGGAUUUGAACAUGACGCAGUGUACUUGGAAAACAUUCGUCUCAAUAAUUUACUGAUCCUCGUUUUCAUCUAA